AGGGGAGAUCCAGGGAUCCGGGCCACGACACAGCUAAGCAACGGCGAUCGACCAAACGGAGGGCUCGCCGUCGAUCGCACACCCUCGCAGACCCUCGCACACCCUCACACACCGUCACACCCUGCCGCGCGCCCCUUGCAGAUAGUGUAGUGUAGCGACGCGGGAGCCAUGACGGCCCACACGGACCAGGCCAUCGCGACGCCGCCGCGGGCGCCGUCGCCCGAGCACGGGUUCGGGACGCUCGCGGUGCAUGCGGGGUCGCCGCACGACCCGACGACGGGGGCGGUGAUCGAGCCCAUCUCGCUGUCGACCACGUUCGCGCAGACGGCGGUGGGCAAGCCGGUGGGCGAGUUUGAGUACAGCCGCAGCAGCAACCCGAACCGCAACAACUUCGAGGCCAUGGUGGCGGCGCUCGAGCACGCAAAGUACGCGCUCGCCUUCUCGUCCGGCAGCGCGGCCACCACGGUCAUCCUGCAGUCCCUGGCCGCCGGCUCGCACGUCAUCUCGGUCUCGGACGUGUACGGCGGCACGCACCGCUACUUCACCCAGGUGGCCAAGGCGCACGGCGUCCGCGUCACCUUCACGCCCGAGAUCGAGGUCGACAUCCGCGACCACAUCACCGAGUCGACCAAGCUGGUCUGGAUCGAGAGCCCCAGCAACCCGACCCUGCGGCUGGUCGACAUCCGCGCCGUCGCCACCCAGGCCCACGAGCACGGCGUCAUGGUCGUCGUCGACAACACCUUCCUGAGCCCCUACAUCCAGAACCCGCUCGACCACGGGGCCGACAUCGUCGUCCACAGCGUCACCAAGUACAUCAACGGCCACAGCGACGUCGUCAUGGGCGUCGCCGCCUUCAACAGCGACGCCCUGUACAAGCGCCUCGCCUUCCUGCAGAACGCCCUCGGCGCCGUCCCCUCCGCCUUCGACGCCUGGCUCGCCCACCGCGGCGCCAAGACGCUGCACCUGCGCGCCCGCGCGGCCACCGCCAACGCCACCGCCGUCGCCCGCGCCCUCGAGGCCAGCCCCCACGUCAUCGCCGUCAACUACCCGGGCCUCGACUCCCACCCGCACCGCCACAUCGCCAAGAAGCAGCACCGCGACGCCAUGGGCGGCGGCAUGCUCUCCUUCCGCAUCCGCGGCGGCCACGCCGCCGCCGAGCGCUUCUGCCAGCGCACCCGCAUCUUCACCCUCGCCGAGUCCCUCGGCGGCGUCGAGUCCCUCUGCGAGGUGCCCAGCAGCAUGACCCACGCCGGCAUCCCCCGCGACCAGCGCGAGGCCGUCGGCGUCUUCGACGACCUCGUCCGCCUCAGCUGCGGCGUCGAGGACGCCGAGGACCUCAAGAAGGACGUCCUCCAGGCCCUCGAGUGCGCCGUCGCCGAGGUCGAGGCCGAGGAGGCCGCCGCCGCCGCCGCUGCCGCCAAGGACGGCAACGGCGUCGACGGCACCAAUGGUACCAACGGCGUCAAUGGCCAUUGAUGAAUGGGUUGUUUGCUUGACAAGGUUGAAAGAAAAGGGGAAAAAAAACUAUUUUUUUCUCUCUUUCCUUCAAUCCUACUGUACAUACGCAGUGAGGUCCAAGCGUGACGGGUUGGUUUUUGGUGAACCCCCCCCCCCUGUCGGUGAUAGACCGCAUGGCGCUACGAUUUCAUUUUCUUCCCUUUCUUCUUGCCCUCUGGCG